AAUAUCUCUAAACAGUUCAGAACACCGCCCGUUUACAACAGAGCUCCUCGGUAUUCUCUCCUCCACUGUUCUUUCUCUCCGCGAGUUGAGCGAAGGAGUUUGAUAUAGAACAAAAUGGCUGAUAUUCACCAGCACCUCACUAUUGGUCAGAAGUUCAAUCUAAGUUCUAGUCUUUCUCAAGAUGCUCAAGCAUCCUAUGGCGGAUUGCAAAGACCUGUGUAUCAUAGGCAUUUUGCUUAUGGAAACUACUACAAUGCAGGACUCAAGUCUUGCCAAGCCUCCCAGGAUCUGUCACUGAUAACUGCAAAUGCUUCACCAGUUUUUGUGCAGGCUCCUGCAGAGAAAGGAUUUGCAAGCUUUGCUAUUGACUUUCUCAUGGGUGGAGUUUCUGCUGCCGUUUCAAAGACUGCAGCUGCCCCUAUUGAGCGUGUAAAACUUCUGAUUCAAAAUCAAGAUGAGAUGAUUAAGGCUGGAAGACUCUCUGAACCUUACAAGGGAAUUGGAGAUUGUUUUGGUCGAACUAUUAAGGAUGAAGGAAUUGUUUCAUUGUGGAGAGGAAACACUGCUAAUGUUAUCCGUUACUUCCCUACCCAGGCAUUGAACUUUGCUUUCAAGGACUACUUCAAGAGGCUCUUCAACUUCAAGAAGGACCGCGAUGGCUACUGGAAAUGGUUUGCUGGAAACCUUGCCUCUGGUGGUGCUGCUGGUGCUUCCUCUUUACUCUUUGUGUACUCUUUGGAUUAUGCUCGUACUCGUUUGGCUAAUGAUGCCAAGGCUGCAAAGGGGGGAGGUGAUAGGCAGUUCAAUGGUUUGGUUGAUGUCUAUAGGAAGACACUUGCUUCUGAUGGUAUUGCUGGACUCUACCGUGGUUUCAACAUUUCAUGUGUUGGUAUCAUUGUGUAUCGGGGGCUGUAUUUUGGAUUGUAUGACUCCAUUAAGCCAGUUAUCCUGACGGGAAGUUUGGAGGAUAGUUUCUUUGCUAGCUUUGCUCUUGGCUGGGUCAUUACAAAUGGUGCUGGCCUUGCUUCUUACCCAAUUGAUACAAUUCGUAGACGAAUGAUGAUGACAUCUGGUGAAGCUGUCAAGUAUAAGAGCUCUCUACAUGCCUUUUCUCAGAUCCUCAAGAAUGAGGGUGCCAAAUCCCUCUUCAAGGGUGCUGGUGCAAACAUCCUCCGUGCUGUUGCCGGUGCUGGUGUGUUAGCAGGAUACGAUAAGCUUCAGGUCAUAGUUUUUGGAAAGAAGUACGGUUCUGGUGGUGCAUAAGUUGAAGUGUGGCAUCUUGAGAUGGUGAUGAAAAUAUUACUACCUACCCAUUUUUGAAUAACUCAUUUUUUGAGGGGGCUUGAGCCCAAAAUUUUCUCCAGCCUAUUAUUGGGGAUACUUCAUUUUUGCAGACGUAGUGCUGUAGAGAUUACAGAUUUUAGCAAUUUAUUUUGGUCUUGCAGUGUAAUGCUGCUUUAUGUUACAUUAUAAUUUUAUAUUUAUUACAUUAUAAUCUUAUAUUUA